CCGCCAUUAGCCCACCUCUUUUUCUUCUUCCCCUGCGCUCCUUCGCAGGUGGAAGAGGAGCCCCACUCCAUCUGAAUCGAAACCCUAGAAACCCUAGAAGCUCUUCUCCCUCCGCCAUGAAAACCCUAAUCUUUAGAACCCUAUUCCUCCGCCCAUCCUCCUCCCCUUCCCCAUUUCCCCGCCUCUCUCUCCUCUUCCUCCACUCCGGGGCCGGCGACGAGCUCCACCGCCGCCGCCAUGAUAGCUUCUCCUCGUCGUCGUCGUCGUCUUCCACCUCGUCAUUGAGGAGGCAACACGAGGAGGAGAGCAAGAGCGUGAAGGUCUCGGUGUGGUGGGACUUCGAGAACUGCCACAUCCCCGCCGGGGUGAACGUGUUCCGCGUGGCUCAUAGGAUCACCUCUGCCCUCCGAUCGAGCGGCAUCAGGGGCCCGAUCACGAUCACGGCAUUCGGGGACGUUGCGCAGCUCUCGCGGGCCACGCAGGAGGCCCUCGUCGCCACCGGGAUCUGCCUCAACCACGUACCGCAUAGUGGGAAGAACAGCUCCGACAGGUCAUUCAUGGCCGACCUUGUAUACUGGAUUUUUGAAAACCCUCCGCCUGCCCAUUUUUUCUUAAUAUCUGGCGAUAAGGACUUUGCCAACAUUCUCCACCGUUUGCGUAUGAGCAACUAUAAUGUAUUACUUGCGAGCCCCGACACUGCCACUGGUGUCCUCUGCAGUGCUGCUACAAUCAUGUGGCCAUGGACCCCUCUAAUUAAGGGCGAGGAUUUCUCUGCGAAACAUUAUAACCACCCGCCUGAUGGGCUAUAUGGUUCUUGGUAUGGCCACUAUAAAGGGGUUCUUGAAGACCCCUUUAUGGAAAUGGAACAAGUAGCCAGCUCCCAACCAGAUGAAUCUAUGGAAUUAACUGCAAAGCCCCGCGCGGUCCCUAAGGCGGUAGUGAAUGGUAUAAGGCAAGCAUUGUACUCAUACCCUGAAGGGAUAAACCUUUCAGAGCUUCGCACAGAGCUUAGGAGAAACAAUGUAAUUAUGGAUAAGGACUUCUUCGGGUACAAGAAGUUCUCGCAGCUUCUCUUCUCUAUGCCGAAUAUAGUAAAGUUAGUACCUCCGCCACCUGGUGAGAGCCAGCCAAUUGUAUUUGGGACCCACAGAAGAGUAGUGGAACCAUUAAAACCCUGUCAUAGGGUUUCCAAAAUGGAUAAUUUGGACGAAGGGGCUAAGGACUGUGGCUUAACUCAGAACGGAAAGCCACUGCCAGAGGCCUCUCCAACUAUUGUAUCAGAUACCUCUUCUACUCACAAGGAGAGUGAUGCUGCACUUGAAGAGGGAUCAUUUGAUAAGACAUUGAAAACACUUACUGGUCCUGAACCUGUUAAAGUAGAGCCUACUGUCUCUUCUAAAGGAGCUGAUGUUGGGAACAAAACUGAUGAUUCAACUCCUGCACAAGAGCGAAAGGCUGAUACUGAGGACGGACUUUUUAGAAGGAUUUGGAAAAGCUUAACUGGACCGAGAGUUGGCAAUUCCAAUGAUGAGAAUUUUGAGACAGUAAAACCUGAGGAGAGCAUUGGACAGUCAAAGAGUGAUGUUUCAACUUCGUUAAGCUCCAGUUCAACUUCUUCUAAUACCGACAAGUCACUUACUGAAGAUAAAGCUAGAAAGGAAGAUGGCGUUAUAGGAGUGAAAAAGGGCUUGCUUAGCUGGAUAGCAAGGUUGUGGCGUCCUAAGAAAUCUGAUGCUGCAGAUGAGGAACAUAAUUCUGCCUCUAGAAGCACCAUGAAUGGGGAACCAACUGAUACACAUGGGAAGCCUGCCAAGGCUACAAGUAAUGCAAGUUGCCAGCCUGAAGGCCAUGAAUUAUUCUCAAAAUCAUACUUUUGGGAUGUUAUGGAGACGUUUCUCCUCACGUCCAAAGGCUCUGACCUUAUUUCAAAAUCAAGGACAAGGGAGGAGCUGGUACAUGGACUUAAAAAGGAAUGCCCUUGGGUUCUCAAAGAUCUUAAAGAAACUCACCUCUUUAAACUAAUUGAUCUUCUAACUACUGAGAAGAGAUGGGUGGAAGAAGUGUCCUCACAAAUGUUCCCAUUUAGACUUGCAUUCCCUCCAAAAAGGAAGUGUGUGCCAUCUCAUGCCCGUGGUUCCAAUGGCUUAAGUUCUCUUUUUACUAGCAAAACACCACAAAGUGCUAUUGAAAAUACUGUAGAAGGGAAAAGGAGACUUCUCAACAGAGAAAAAAUAUUGUCUGAUUGCCACAAUCUUGUAAAGGAACUAAUGGAGCAAUACCCUGAAGGAUUCAACAUAAGCAUUUUUAAACCUGCUUUUAGUCAAAGAUACGGCUACGAGUUGGAUUACAAAAUGCUUGGCUACCCAAAACUAGUUUCAUUGCUACAGAUAAUGCCUGGGGUUAGGGUAGAGUCCUCUUUUGUUCUACCGGUUGAACUAUUUUGGGGAAAGCCUACAGCUAAUGGAACAUAUCCCAAUUACUUAGAAAAUGAAAAGGAGAAGGAUAUUAUUUCCAAGAACGGUGAAAGUCAAGAUAAUAAUGUUGAAGACGAUGGCUGGGAUACAUUAUUGGGGCCCAUAGCUGAUUCUGCGAGCCACAAAAUCAAUAAAGGCUCUGAAGAAAUGACUAAAGAUGCGAGCUUUGAUGAGGCUACUCUUUCGGAUUCGGAUUUUUCUGAUAAUGAGAAUCAAAGUGUAAAAGGAGGUGAGGAAGAUAGCUCGCUCGUCCAGAUUCUAGACUCAUGGUAUAGCCGUAAGGAAGCCAGUGUGGACGAACAGUGUCAGGGUGUUGAUGGUCUUGUUGAUUGCUCUACGAGCAAUAAUGAGAAAGAGGAAGCUAUUAAAUCAGCUGAUUUGGUGAAACGGACAGUGAGGCCUAAUAAGAACUAUUCUUUUGUGUCCGAGUCAGGUGGUGAUAAGGAAAAGCUGGUUGAGAGCAUUUUGGGUAGUCUCAAAAAGGCGGGAAACUCGUCAUUGCAUAGUUGAAGAAUCUGAUACAUUCGACUUGGCAACAAAAGAAAUGCAACUUCUCCACUAGUUUCUCUAGCUUUGAUUUAGAUGAAUGCGGUUCUGCAAGAGAUCGAGGGAAAGAUGAUCCACUGCUGUCUGGUUCUUAUGCUUUGCCCUCUGAUGCAACACUAUCUAAUUAGUGAAUUAUUGCUGAAGAAUCUUGUAGGAUACAUUACAUGGGCUAUUUAUGGUAUCUCAUAAGUGAAUUAUUACUAAAGAAUCUUGGAUAUAGAAACAGGGUUUGUAUUGUAAUCUGAGAUAGUCACUGGAAGAGGGCAAGGGCAAGGGCAAGCUCGGAGAAUUACUUUAACAGGAGAAUUGAUUGUCAAGUCAGGCAACCCAAUUGUUUCCCCAUAAACUAUACGAGAACAUAAGUAUUGUACUGUUUUUCAUGGCAGAUUCCCUUGCCACAGGGUGAAGGUUCACUCGCAGUGUUAUUUGUUGUAAGCCCCAGCGAAUCAUUGAUUCAUUUAGCCUGACAAAGCUGUAUUAUUUUUUUCUUAGACACAAAAUAUAGAGUUGAAUUUUAAUACAGGCUUUUUUCUUUCCUCCUUGUAAAUUUCUAAUCUUUGCUAUUAUAUAAAUGCCACUGGCUUGUUCAUCUGGUGGAUCUCGAGAUCA